GUUCUGCGGCUCCAGGCAGGCCGCAAUGGCGCAGAAUGAGGCGGGCUGCAGCAGCCCCGGCACGUCUCUGAGGUCCCUCAGUGACCGGAGCCGCCUAGAGGGGGCGAUCCUGAGCGGCUGGAGGAACUUCUGGCAGUCGGUGGGCAAGGAGAGGCCGGGGCCCGGCGCCACGCCGGCGGAUGACGAGGAGGCCAGCGCCCUGACUAGGCUGCCGAUUUAUGUGCAGUUGUACAUUAUGUCAUUUCUUUCACCUCAUGAUCUGUUUGAACUGGGAAGGACAAGUCGAUAUUGGAAUGUAACUGUACGAGAUCCUAUGCUGUGGAAAUUUUUUCUUUUGCGGGAUCUUCCCUCUUGGUCAUCUGUCGACUGGAAGUCUCUACCAGACCUACAAGUCUUAAAAAAACCGUUAUCUGAGGUUAUUGACAAUGAACUUUAUGACUAUAUGACAAUGUAUAAAAUGAGCUGUCCACAUACCAGAAGACAUUUGAAAUCCAGUCGCCACAUGUAUGGAGCUGUUGCCUCUUUUUUGCAGUCACUGAUCCUUCAGACCGAACCUCGAUUUGCUAUGUUUGGACCAGGUUUGGAAGAGCUGAAUGUAUCUUUGGUGUUGAGCUUGAUGUCUUGCGUGGAACUUUCCCCAAUGGCUGGUUUACCUCAGAGGCAAAUUGAUGGCAUUGGAUCAGGAAUCAGUUUUCAGUUGAGCAACCAACAUAAAUUCAAUAUCCUGGUAUUAUAUUCAACCACUAGGAAAGAAAGGGAUAGAGCAAGAGAAGAACAAACGAGUGCAGUCAACAAAAUAUUCAACAGGCAGAUUCCUGGAAAUGAUGAACAGAGGGGCCGAUACAGUGUGAUUCCACAAAUUCAGAAGGUGUGUGAAGUGGUGGAUGGGUUCAUCUACGUUGCAAAUGGUGAAGCUCACAAAAGUUUCUCCUUGUGUUCUUUAGGACAUGAAUGGCAAGAUGAAUUUUCUCACAUUAUGGCAAUGAUAGACCCAGCCUUUGGAUCCCCAGAAAGACCUUUGCUGGUUUUAUCUUGUAUUUCUCAAGCCACUGUAAAAAGGAUGCCUUGUCUUUAUUUGGCACAUGAGCUGAAACUAAAUGAACUUCAACUGCCUUGGAUGGUGCAGGAUGUGGAAGCUGAGACUUUAACUGGGUUUUUGAAUGGCAUUGAAUGGAUUCUUGGAGAAGUUGAUUAUAAACAUCCACUGUGAUCCUUCUCAUGUGCGCUGACUUAAGGACUAAGCCAUUUGAAAUUUGGUUUUAAGGACAUGAUGUAGGUGUUUCCUCAAGCUUGCUUUGCCCUUUCUUUGGUUUUCUGCCAGGUGAGAUUUAAAUGGGCAUAGCUGUAAUUGUUGAGUUUUCCACAAUAAAUCUAGCUUUAAUCUUAAGUGAA